AUGGCAGCUUCAGGCGAAUCUUACUUUGCAGCCUUUGCACCCCAGCGAAGGCCUUAUAUUUCUCAUGGCUUAUCAUUUGAAACGGCUUGUUCAUACCAUACUGAGAAUAUCUCUAAUGCCUCGCGCAUUUAUGUUGUCGUGUCGAAUUCUAUUAACAAGACCAACGCCUUCACGACCCUCCAGAAGGUUCUUGGCAGCAAGAUUAUCGGAACCCGCUACGGCAUCUCUCAGCACACGCCUUUAGAGGGUGUACUAGCUCUCACAGAUGAUCUGAAAGCGAAUAUCUCAGACCUUAUCAUCACUCUCGGAGCAACUUCAAUCUCUGAGGAGCCGUCGGCGUGA